CUGUGAAUGUUCGAAGAGAGGGUGUUGGCAUAUAUGUAGCUUUUUGCCCUCUCUUCCUAUGGUUGAAAACACACUUCAGCAUCAACACACCUGGAAUACUUUUUCAUCCAGCAUCCAACAAGAUCGAGUUCACUAUAUUGAAGGAUGGAUCCUCCUGAGAACUAUCAACCACUAUGUGGACCUGGAUCUCAGGUUCAUACAAUGGACCAUAUCGCCAAUGUAGAUGUUUUCGACUGGAGAGAUAUAAAAGUCAAUUUGGACCCGGUACCAAUGCCGUAUCUCACCUCAAUUAUCAAGCCGUACGCGACGGAUUACAUGUUUGUCGACUGGUACAUCAUCCGCCCGUUACAAGAUGUUAUGGUCAUGGUUGUCACCUUCCUCUCUCACAUUCUUGCAGGAGAUACUGCGCUGGCAGCAGUAACCCGUGCUGAGGCGAGGAGGAAUUUCGAGGACAAGGUUUUGGCUGGUGCGAGCAAUCUCCAUUUCAAGCAGGAGAUGCUACGAAUACCUUUCGACGAGUUCUUCGACACUUAUGCACAGGUGUAUCCCAACAACACGAUAAUGUUGUGGGACGACGCAAGGACGUGGUUGUGGAAUUGUGCCAGCCAUCCUGGAGCAGACCUUGACGGUGCGUUGGUUGCAGCGAUGACCAAAUACGAGGAGAGAUUCCUAUUUAGCGGGUCGGCUCAUCAGACUGACUUGAACAGUACCUCUGGCAUGGGGCCAUUCCCCUCCUUGACGCAAGUACUACGUAUAGCGACGGAGCAGUCACCACCGCUUGGAGUCAAGGACAUUGUCGAUGUUGUCCGGCAGGUUAUCCAAGUCGCCAUGAAUGCCGUCGACGUCUGGAUCCUCACCUUGAAUAUGGACCCCAGUUUGUAUCCCCGCCUAGCUUCCAGAACUCGCGAUGAGGGCGAGAGGCUCAUACAUUUAGCGUUUUCUACAGCGCUCGAGGACCCAUAUUCAAAUGUGUCCUUGCCGGCAAAGGAAGUGCUAGCAAAGACUGAUAUCAGCAGCAUGUGUGAAAGUCUGGUGAGUGGGCUAGUGCCCAAUUACUUGGAUUGUGGGACGGAGUCGGAAAAUCUUCACUUUGCCGUGUAUGCGUGUAUCUUGGAUUCAGCGGUCAACGUCCAGGUUUCCCAGAACGCGGAUGCAGAGAACUUGAUCGAUACGGCUAUAGAAACAGGGUUCUCGUUUCCUCCGUCACGGCGUUCAGAACGAGUACAGUUGGGAUUUCGCCCAGAUGGCUAUCGCGACCAGAUAUCCAGAGAACUACAGGCGACGUUUGAUAAUAUCAGUAUACCAUGUCUGUCGCACCAGCCGGACGAGGAGCCCCUGGAUGACUAGUUGGAUGUGUAAAUAUCGAGGCGCAAUACCAGCCGGACGAGGAGCCCCUGGAUGACUAGUUGGAUGUGUAAAUAUCGAGGCGCAAUACCAGCCCUGAGGACAGCGAGCCACAAUUUUCCCUCGGCCUCGAGACGGAGGGUGAUAACCUGGUAGACUGAAUAAAUAGGGUUUUAUGAUUACGUGGUGAGCUAAUUUGUAGCAUUAGCAAGAUUGUG